UUUUCCUUGGCAUUGAGAUUCUAAACAAGCAAAAACUUAUCCUGUUCAUACGACUAAUUUAUAUAUAUGAAGAAGAUUGAUUGCUGUCCAAUUUCUGCUUUUCUUCAAGGGGUGUUUAUGUUUGUAGAGCUAACACACAUGGGCAACAUGCAUUGGAGCAUAAAGUAAUUAUGAUUAAAUAAUAGUACUAAAUCCUAUCUUCAAAUUUGUGGACUUGAUCAAUGAGGGCAAAAAAAUUACUAGUGGUGGAAAUCCUACCAAUCCAAUUGAAAAAUAUCGAUGGUCUCCACCUCAAAGAUUUCAACCAUUCAUGGGUCACCUCUCACAUUUAAACUUAGUGAUUAUAAUCUCUUUGCGAUGGAUACUUCUCGCAGAAUUGCUGGAUUCAAAUAUGAUUGCUUGCUUUUCGAUAUGGACGAUACUCUCUACCCAUUGAGCACAGGUCUCAAUUUGGCAUGUCGCAAGAACAUAGAAGAGUAUAUGUUGAAACACCUGCAUAUGGAAGAAAGUGAAGUACCAAAGAUUUGCGUGGAUUUGUACAGGGAAUAUGGGACAACUAUGGCAGGACUAAAGGCCUUUGGUCAUGAGUUUGACAAUGAUGAAUUUCAUGCCUACGUGCAUGGAAGAUUACCAUACAAGAAACUGAAGCCAGAUCCAGUGUUAAGGAACCUUCUGUUUUCCAUGCCUCAGCGUAAAAUAGUAUUCACUAAUGCAGAUCAAGCACAUGCACAUCAAGUUCUCAACAGAUUAGGCUUGAAAGAAUGUUUUGACAGCAUCAUAUGCUUUGAAACACUUAAUCCUCCUAAUUACACAAAUGUACCUACUGAUAAUCUCGCGCUAACAUGGAGUAACUCGUUUAACAAAGAUUGUAACCAAGUAGAGAACCGAUGUUUCAACUCCAAGACACAAAUCCUAUGCAAACCCUCUGUGGAAGCCAUUGAAGUUGCCAUUCAGAUUGCUAAUUUAGAUCCAAGGAAAACGUUGUUUUUUGAUGAUAGUGCUAGAAACAUUGCAAGUGGGAAAGCUGCUGGACUUAACACAGUUAUUGUGGGACGAUCAGAUUUGGUUCCUGGUGCUGACUAUGCACUGAGUAGCAUUCAUAAUAUCAAAGAAGCAUUACCCGAAAUAUGGGAGGUUGAGGGAGAGCUACAGCAAAUGAUCCAAUCCCCAGCAGUUGAAACCAUGGUCCUUGCAUAGAUUUUGCUUUAAAAAAGAAACAAAUUUUACCUACCGAACAAUCCCAGCCAUGGUCCAUAGCAAUUGUCUCCCCACAAAUGGUGAUGCUUAAAAAUGUAAAUCAUAUUGUUGGUAGCAUGUAAGCGCAAAUAACAAAGGAAGAAAUUAAGAAAUGGAAAAGAGAAUACUAUUGUUAUAAGAA